AGUAACUACAGCAAGUACAUAAAAAAAUCCGACCUGCCUAAGGCCAUAUUUAGGUCUCAGAAAAUUAAAACUACCAGAGUCUCACUUUAUCAUAUCGGAGCUUGUAGUCUAAUUUUGUAAUUUUUGUUUCCUUGCACCUCUGAUUCGCCAUUUUAGAUUUUGCGAUUUAAAAAUUGUUAUGCAAUGAAUUACAAAUAAAUUAUUACAAUACGCCUUUUAGUUGUAUCAUUUAAGCCAUUCCAUCAUACAAUCUACUAUUCCAUCACCAAAUAGUUCUGAUUUUCUUGGGUCUCUCUAUUCAGCUCUCUGUCGUACAAAUUAUCGUAUGUCUGCUGUAUGAAUCGCGAAUACUAAACAGCAUUUAUAGAUUGUACGAAAAGUUAACAAGAAAUGAAGGCCUUGCAACUGACACAAUUCGUGAUUAUAUUUUGGAGGAGGAUUUCGCCCAUCCUUGAUGGAGGUGUGAUCUUUCCCACACUACCGCCAUUUAUUAAUUAAAUUUCCUCUAACCUCAUCAAACGGGAUAACGGCUAGAAAAAAAGAGGUCCUUGUGCAUUGAAAGUAUAAAGAACUUAUCCUCUGUCGAAGUUAUUUCUCUUUUAUCACAAUGGAAAGAAAGAUGAUGUUCUUGAUAACAGGUGUCUGUACGGUUUUGGUAGUGAUUGGAUCUGUACAGAAUUGCUGCCCUCCUCCCAAAUUGGAGAUAAAGGCCGUAGGCAGUGGAGUGAUGAUUAGCACUGGUAGUAACGAUCCAUACACUGGUUAUUCCAAAAUAUACCACGACGAAGUAAAUAGAAAGUUUGUGAAGGAUGUUUUCGUGAAGUUUGAGAAGGCUGGUCCCUUGACUUUAUUUGUUCUGGAAGACUACGCAGGCGGUAAGCAAUACACCGUUCUCAAUGGAAGCUGUAGCGUGAGGCCAUUGACAGGGGACUUCAAUCGACAACUAUGCGAAUCCGAGUCCAACUACAAAGGCGAAAUGAAUCUGGGCCUUGGUAAUGAUGUGUUCCCGAUGAACUUGUACAAAAGGAACUAUUCCAACUUAGACUACGACAUUUCCGGUGACGCCAUGGUAUUUCCGAUAUCUGGGAACCGCUGUCUCUUACAAUCAGAAAUGAUCAACGCAUACAAAAACUCAGUAUUUCAAGCAAAAGAAUCGGCUUUUCUAUAUGAUGCUAAGGCCAGCAUCUGUAAUUCCUCCAUAUUUGACGUCCCAACGCAAUGUCAAGACAGAGGAACCUUGAGGUUUAAACCGCAUUUCAAUAUCCAGCUACAUGCAUUGAAAAUUAACAUUUAGCUGUACACCAACCGACGCAUUCCCAUGAUUAUCACUAUUCUUAUUCAGAUUGCGCCUGACAAAAAACGUUUGGCAUAAAUUAAAUCAUGCACUUCGACGCAUGUAAACAAAAUGUUCAAAACACAAUAUGUAUACUUUUCAAUGAUUUGUAAACAAUAAACGUUAGCUUCUUUGUUA